CCUCUAGUCCCGCCUCCAUCUUUGAAACGUCAACAGCGCCAAACUUCAGCCUCCCUUACGGGAAAAUGACUACUGGUACCGAGGAGCCGCAAUGGAGAAAAGUUAAUUCGGUCUCAGGGGUGAUACCGCGGUCCAGACACGGACACCGUGCAGCUGCAAUACGGGAGCUGAUUGUCGUGUUCGGUGGUGGAAACGAAGGGAUAGCGGAGGACCUCCAUGUUUACAACACUGUCUCUAAGCAGUGGUUUCUGCCUGCCGUGAGGGGUGACAUCCCACCUGGCUGUGCUGCCCAUGGCUUCGUCUGUGACGGCAGUCGAAUACUUGUCUUUGGCGGCAUGGUGGAGUUUGGGAAGUACACCAACAGUCUCUAUGAACUUCAGGCUAGUCGCUGGCUGUGGAAGAAGCUGAAGCCCAGAGCACCCAGGAAUGGCUUGCCCCCCUGCCCUCGGAUUGGACACAGCCUCACACUUGUGGGUAACAAGUGUUACCUGUUUGGAGGGCUGGCCAAUGAUAGUGAAGACCCCAACGGCAAUGUACCAAGAUACAUGGGUGACCUCUAUGAGUUGGAGCUGCAGUCAUUAUCCGGGGCAAGAGGCUGGAGCAUACCAGAGACGAAGGGUGGUGGUCCCUCAGCACGGGAGUCCCACACCUCGGUUGCAUACACUGGCCUUGGCUCCCCGAAGCUCUACAUCUAUGGAGGGAUGCAAGGAUGCCGGUUAGACGACCUUUGGCAGCUUGAUCUCGACACAAUGGUUUGGUCGAUGCCUGAAACCAGGGGUUCCACACCACUCCCCAGAAGCCUUCACUCUGCCAAUGUCAUUGGAAACAAGAUGUAUGUUUUCGGUGGCUGGGUUCCUGUGCCAGAAUCGGUCAAACACAGUGCUUUAGGAACUGAAUGGAUCUGCAGUGACUCCUUAACUGUACUCAACUUAGACACUAUGAGCUGGCAGGAUUUGGGCCCAGAGCAGCAGGAUGAUAUUGAGUCCCAGCUGCAAAGCCAUGGACCCCAAAGUGAUGAUCCGUAUGCCUGUAGACCCAAAGCCAGGGCCGGCCACUGUGCCGCCACCGUUGGGUCCAGGCUUUACAUUUGGAGCGGUCGUGACGGUUACCGAAAGAGCUGGAACUACCAAGUCUGCUGCAAGGACCUCUGGUACCUGGAGACAGAUCGGCCAGCCACCCCACAGGCAGUGCUACUCAUCAAAUCCACAGUCAGCAUGCUUCACGUGGCAUGGCGCCCUCUGGCGGCAGCAGACUGCUACAUCCUUCAGAUCCAGCCUGCACCUCCGCCAGCCAAGCCAGUCGAUCCAACUGGAACAGAUGGACUGGACUCGAAGGGUAAAGACUCUGCAGAUGUCCAGUCCCUUCAAGCUCAAACUGGAGAAACCACUAAUAAAGAAGCGAAAGCAUCAGCUCAGGAUGCCUCAGCACAGCAAGAAGCUGCAGCAAAAUCACCCAACAGCUCAGCAGAGACUAAAGCACAAGGAGGGAGGAAUGCUGGGAGAGAGACAGAGAAGGACUCUGACACAAAACGCUGCGGUUCUGGACAGGAGAUGUCAGAAAUGGAGGUCAGCAGCUCAGAUCAACACCAGCAGGAGAAACAGCCUGUUUCAGCUGACAGCACAACAGAUCUCUACGCCCAGGCACAUCAGAGUCCAGAUGAAUCAGUGUGGUUCGAUGUUGGUGUGUUCAAAUCGCUCUACUCGGAGGUCAGCCACUACUUUCUACCUGCUGACAGUGACCAGGCGACUGCAGCCAUCAGCAGCCGGCAACCAAAUACUAAAGAGCCCUUCCCCCAGAGAAAGCUUCCAGGGCCUCAGGACUACCAGGGCAGAGAGAAACAGGAGCUGUCUCCAGGUCAGACCUACAGGUUCAGAGUCGCAGGCAUCAACUGCUUUGGCCAGGGAGACUUCAGCCCAGUCAGCGAGUUCAAGACCUGCCAACCUGGCUUCCCUGGAGCGCCCUCUGCUGUCAAGAUCACUAAGGCCAACGAUUCGGUCCACAUCACGUGGGAGGCUCCCUCCUCUCCAUCGGGCCGGAUCCUCGAGUAUUCCAUGUACAUGGCGGUGAGGAAGAGCCGCUCCACCAGCUCGGAGCGCCCGGGUCAGAUGGCCUUCAUCAGGAUCUACCGCGGCACCAAGAUGUCCUGCUUGGUCAGUUCCACCCACCUGGAUAAUGCUCAGAUUGACUGCUCCGCCUCCAACCGGCCAGCUGUCGUCUUCCGCAUAGCUGCUAAGAAUGAGCAGGGCUACGGCCCAGCGACGCAGAUCCGCUGGAUUCAAGAUCCCAGUAAAUUGCGAGCGUCUGCAUCCAAAGCUGACAGUAUUGCUGAGGCUGACCAGGACGCUGCUGACAGCUCCAGCUGAAAAUGUUUGGACCAGUGACGACAGGUUUUGGAAAAGAAAAAAAAACGUGCACUCAGGAAGAUGGCAAUGGACACCACUCAAAUGUUGUAUAUUUCAUAAAUAGUUUUGUUAAUUUAUUUUUUAUAUAUUUAAUUAUUCCCUUUGUAAAUAGGUUUUCAUAGAAAGCUUGACCUCAUGGCUAUUUUAGUUAAGCAGAUGUUUUCUUAUGUAAUAAUACAAUGUACACCAAACUACAAGUAUGAAUUUAGAUUUAAAACCCUCCAGAGGUUGAAUGUGCCUUAGAGCUUACUGAAACAGCCACUGAUGCUGCUUUACACAGUAUGUCAUGGUUUUGAAUGAAACACAGGUGGUAAGAUGUUUUCAGGGCCAGUCAUCAAAUAGAAAAGCCUUUUUGGCGUGGUGGACCACUUUUACAAUCCUACUGACACACUGAGGUUACAUAGUGGAAUGUUAUUGUUGUUUUAUAACUAAAUUGUUUGAUGUGAUUGAUAUAAGAUCUUUGUUAACUUGUUUGUCACUGUAUACAACCCUAUGUUACCACAAACAGUUUUUAUUAUCCAUUACAUCUCUAUAGCACAUGUUGUUUUAUGAUUUUGCUACAUUUGUUUAUUAUAAUUACCACUAGAUUGUUUACAUUGUUUUUAGUUUUAAAAUAUCUGUCCCAACUCAGAAAUUUGGCUCUGACUGCGACCAAAGAUCAGAGCACUACUAAUGUUUCUGAUAUGAAUAAAAGGCAUCAAAAAUGUUACAGAUAU